AACACCAACAUUCUCACAGCUCAUGAAGUACAGAUCAGUAGCUGUUUAGUUGUGACUGUCAAGGGGAAUGGUUGUCAGCAGAAGAAAGAGAAAUCUGUAGUGAUGUGGUAUCAGAUCCGUGAAUAUUGUGACUCGGACUACUCUGCUGUGCGGGAAGUUUACUCUACUGGGUUCAGAGAGCAUGUUGGAGCUGUAUAUGUUCGCACUCUGAGGCAACACUGGGUUCAGGCUGUGCUGUUGGGACUGUUCCUCCUCUUCAUCCUCUUCUCCGGCUCAUUCUUGGCCUCUCUGCUGUGUCUCGGUGGAGUCCUGCUGGCUGGCAGGUUUGCUGUCCAGUAUUUCUUUGAACAGGGAGUACAACUCGGGCUCAGAGAAGACCUGCAGGACAUUCGAGCCUCGUACAUGCAGCCAGGCCAGGUUAGUUGCUUCUGGGUAGCAGAGUCUAAAGGCUCUGUCGUGGGGACAGUAGCCUUAUUGCCAUGUGUGGAGGAGCCUGGAGCCUGGGAGCUAAAACGCAUCUCUGUAAAGAAAGAGUUCCGAGGUCAAGGGCUUGCGAAGGCACUGUGUUGGACUGCCCUGAGGUUUGCAGCCAGUCACAAGGUACACAGAGUGGUGCUCUUCACCUCUCUGGUGCAAUUAGACGCUCAUAAGCUCUACCACAAGAUGGGAUUCCACAAGGAGGAGGAGUUUGUGUGGCCAUCACUUCCUGCCAGACUGAUCAACUUCUUGGUAUUUAAAUAUGCAUGUAAGGUUAUGCAUGAUGAGGACCGAAGGAGUAAGAAACACUGAACUCCUACUUGACGUGUAGUAUUAAAUCAUGUUGCAUUCAAGACUAACUUGGACUGAGGGGACUCUCUUUUUUGUAGGGUUGUAAACAUCUGCUUAUCCAGUGUUUCUUCUGAAA